AUGGCCCUCGCCGCAAGUUCCAUCCGGCUUCUCCGCCUCAGCCCGGCGCUCUGCUCCUCCAUGGUUCUCAUGUUCGCCCUCGACGAGCAUCUGAUCUUCGGAACUUGGGUCACGCCCUCCAUCCGCACACUGGCAAACUCCACCCUGCCCGCCUGGUGGACCAGGGGCGGCCAUCGCUGGCGCUGGGUCCUGAUCAUAUUCUACCCCGUCAACUACAUUCUGGGCAUUCUCAACCUGCUCGUCCCUGCGGAUCAACCUGUCUCGACAACGUGGUACCAAUGGGGUCUGUUUUUCAGCAUUGCACACAUGUUCUUUGUUCCGAUGGCUCUGCGCCGGAUAGCAGCUAUUGAGAACGGCGUUCCGAAGGGGAAUGUUGUCAGUUCGAUGGAGGCUUGGCUUAGGAUGAAUUGGGUUCGGGCGUUGACUACGGACUUGCCGGCUUGGCUGUGCUUCAUCAUCGCCGCGCUGAAGGCACUGUGA